AUGCGGUCUUCGAGGACACGACUAGGGUUAUCCGCCUCUACCGCACUAGUUACGUUGUUGCUGGCGGUAGGCGUCGGCGCGAAGGACCGCAAGAUCACCGUCACCAACACCUGCACGUAUACGAUCUGGGCUGGACUGCUCACGUCUGUCGGUCCCAAGCCGAGCCAGCCGACAGGAUGGGAAAUGCCGGCGGGCUCGACGAUUUCGUUCACGGUUCAGGAGACUUGGGGUGGGCGAGUCUGGCCUCGAACUGGUUGCGAUUUCUCCGAUUCGUCGAAACCAGAUUACGCUCAGUGUGCCAGUGGCGGUUGCAAAGGAGGACUCCUUUGCACAGAGUCAGGUGUUCCUCCUUGCACCCUGGCGGAGUUCAACCUCCAGGAGAACGUCGACAACUACGAUUUGAGUCUGGUCGACGGCUACAACGUCCCCAUAGCGAUCACGAAUUCUGCGGAUUGCUCGUUGGCGAACUGUCCGUAUGAUCUGCUAUCCAGCUGUUCAUCCGAGCAACAGCUCAAAGACGAUAAGGGGAAAGUCGUUGCCUGUAAGACGGACUGUGCAGUUCAUCCCGAGAAUGAGCAGUACUGCUGCAGCGGCGCGCACUCGAAGCCAGAGCAAUGCCCGGCGAGCGGCAUUCCGCACUACAAGUGGUGGAAGGACAGCUGCCCGUAUAGUUACGUUUACGCUUACGACGAGUCUUCCGGGACGGCUCUCUUCACCUGCGAGAAGCGGGUCGACUACGUCAUCACGUUCUGCCCGGACUCUUCGCUGUACCAGACUUCUACGGUGGUCCUGCAGACAAAGACGGUAACGCAAGGCAGCGGUCAGAAAACGCAGGCCAUACAGAAGGUUACGACGACGCUCGCAGCAGGCGGGGGCGGCGGGAAUAACGCGUCGCCGACCUCGACGCCGUCGAGCGGCGGCGGGACACAGCCUGCCGCGACUGGCGGUGGCGCUUCGUCUGGACCGCCCGCAGGAACCAGCGGAAAUGCGCCUUCGCAGACCGGCGCGGCAGGUGCCUCGUCGACCGGGGCUGGCGCAGGUUCGGGUCCGUCCGCAACGUCUGGCGGGGGAGCAGCAUCGCCGACGGAUACUGGAGCAAGCGGCGCUAGUCCAACCGACACGACUGGUGGAACGACAGGCGGGACAGGCGGGUCAUCGGGCUCAAGCUCGGGCGAUACGUCCUCGUCGGACUCGUCGAGCUCGAGCAACACUAUUUUCGGCCUUUCGCCGACCGUCGCCUACAGCGCCGGCGCUGUGGCUGCUCUCCUCGUCAUCGGCGGAUUCGCCUUUGCCGUCUACUCGAGCAAGAAGCAUGGUCACGCUGCCGUGAAGUCGGACGGGUCCUCGGCUUCGGACUCGUCGAGUGAGGACGAGAGGGGCGGCAGCUCACGGCACAAGAAGAAAAAGAAGGACGACUCGAGUUCGAGCGAUUCGAGCGACGACGACGACGAUGACCGUGACCGCUCACUGGCGAAGUUCUCGGCGCUCGAGCAGGCGGAGAAGCGGGCGGCGAGCGAGAGCGUCUACGCGCAGGCCGCAAGGCAUCCUGGAGGACUGGCGGGACUGCUCGGCGGCGAGUCGGGUCGCGCUGGUACAGAGACACUCUUCGAGCUCCCGAGGGGAUCUGACAGUAGCGGUAGCGAGGCGGAGAGCUUGAGGGCGCCGUCGAGGCGGGUCCUGCGGCAGGCGUACCAGUGA